AUGAAGCAAGUUAAAUUCGUCCCACACCAAUCUCAAUGGACCGAUGAAGAGUUUCAAGUCAUGGUUGAAGGCGUUGAGAACGACAUAGACGGCGAACUUGAAAGAGCUCAAACCACAAUUGCAACCAAAAUUGCAGAAGUCAAGGAACAGAUAGCUCCACUUAAAGCUACCAAAGCUACUCUUGACCUCAUGGAUACUUACCGUUUAGAUGUCAAGAGAGGAAUAAGACAAUUAAAAUUAAAACUCUUAAAUUACGAAGCUAUACUCCAGAAGUUAGCAGAAAUGAGAAGACUUUACCAGAGCUACUUACAUGUAAGGGACUUACCUUCAAGCAGUCCGACCAAAGAUGAAUUUUCUGACAUUGUCCCAAUUUUGUCCGAAAGUCAGCUCAUAUGUUUUGAACUGCUCCCAACAUAUCCAGAAUAUGAACGUUUGCCUGAACGAGUGUGGUAG